CUCUCGGUCUCUCCUACCUUCCCGCACGAAACCACCGUGAACCCCCACGACAAAUGCUCCUCCGGGCGGCGGCCGCCGCCGCCCACCGCCUCCGCUUCAUCCCUCCGGUCCGCCGCAUAUCUUCCUUGAAGGUCCCGUGGCGCCGUGACGCGGCCCUAGACGCGUCCAUCGACCGCGACCGGCGCUUCCGCCAAGCGUCCCGCCUCGUCCGCGAGGUGCUCCUCUCCCCCGGCCGCCGCCUCCUCCUCCGCUACCUUUCCAAGCGCCGCCAACGCAUCCGCCUCCCUGUCCACGUCACAACCUUCCUCCGCCGGUACCCCAGGCUCCUCUCCGUUUCCCCUCCGCCCGACCCCGUCGCCUCCCCGUCCCCGCAGCUCGCCUCCUUCCUCGAAUUCGCAUCCCGCCUCCAGGCCACCCACUCCCCGCUCCUCGCCUCCAGGCUCGCCAAGCUCCUCAUGAUGUCCUCCACGCGCGCGCUGCCGGUCGCAAAGAUUGCUGCCGCCAAGCGCGACUUCGGCCUCCCGGACGACUUCUUGGUCUCGCUGGUCCCGAGGCACCCCGAUCUCUUCCGCCUCGUCGGCGACCCAGGGCCCGACGCGUCCGGCGAUGCGUUUCUGGAGCUUGCCUCUUGGGAUGACCAGCUCGCAAAAUCGGCGAUUGAAUUGAGGGCGGACAGGGAGGCCGAUGUUGUUGGCAUACGGCCGAGACCGAAUUUCACAGUCAAAUUGCCAAAGGGGUUCUACCUCAAGAAGGAGAUGAGGGAGUGGGUGAGGGAUUGGCUUGAGCUGCCGUAUGUGUCACCAUAUGCUGACACUUUCGGGCUUCACCCGGCAUCACCAGAGGCAGAGAAGAGGUUGAUUGGUGUUUUACAUGAGGUGUUGUCCUUAUCAGUGGAAAGGAGGAUGGCGAUACCAAUUAUAGGGAAGUUCUGUGAUGAGUUCAGGCUAUCGAAUGCGUUUUCUAAUGCCUUCACGAGACACCCAGGGAUAUUCUACGUUUCAUUGAAGGGUGGCAUUAAGACGGUGAUAUUGAGGGAGGCUUAUGACGAAAAUGGAGAGCUUGUGGAUAGGGAUCCUAUGAUUGAGUUGAAGGAGAGGUUUGUGGCAAUCAUGGAUGAGGGCCAUAAAAAGUAUUUGGAGGAGUUGAGGAGGAGGAAUGAGAUGCUGCAGAAAGAGAGGGCUAAUGCAAUUCACAGGGAUGUCAAAGUUGACACAAAUAUUGAGGAGGGAGAUAUGGAGGGAUCAGAGGAAGAUGAAGAUGAAGUAUAUGAUUAUGCACAAGUAGAAUCAGAAGGAAGAGAGCCAUUGUGAGUGGUGGUUGUGAUAUUCAUUAUGCUUCUAUGAUAAUGUGACCUAAAGAAUAGUGGCAGCAAGGAGAUUGGUUGUUUUGACAGAUUCGAAUGUGAUCAUUAGGCAGCUAGUAAGAAGAUGUGGCUUAGUUAGCAGCUUAACUCAUCUUGUGGACUUGGAGGACACUGAUGGCUUCUGUUUUGGAGCCAUAGGGAACAUUCUGAUCCAAGUAUAUUCUUUGUAAGCCGGCAGCUGAAAACUUUCUUUCUUGUUGCACUA